UACGCACGGCGUUUCGCCCCCAGCGAAAACCUUUUCGCCUCCAGUCGUUUACCGAUAAGCCCGCGGGAUGGUCGAUUAUUAUUACAUUUUGUACGCGUGAUUCUGUGAUCUCUGCCCCGGGCGUUGCCGAAUCGAUAGCGAUGCGUGGUGCCAUAGACUCUGACUCGCUUGUGAUAGACUGUGCGUUCUGUGAUAUGUUUGCCUUAGUAUAGAUAUAUAAUACGGCAUGAACCUUUACAUGCAGUGCCAUCGUGAGGUAAGCUGCAAGAAGAAAAUCUUCUAAUUGAUGACCGAAAUAAGGAAACUUUCCGAAGAAAAUGACUUUUCGUUGUGUGCCCGCAUUUCAAACUGUGUCUAACGACAGUAACGCCACCUGGGAGCGGCUCGGUGGCGGCGGGCUGGGGCUGAGCGGCGGCGGGUUCCGCGGCGCGCAACCCUCGCUCGCCGACUUCCAGCCGCCCUACUUCCCGCCGCCCUUCGCCCCCACCGCGCACCCCGCCAGCCCGCAUCACCAACAACAGAGCCAUGGCAUGGAAUACAGCGGAGGCAGCGGCGGGCCGGAGUACGCGCAGCACUACGCGCCCCAACAGUUGCUACCUCGCCACCACGGACACCACGAGCCACACUCGCACUUGCGACACCACCGCGACCACCACGACAUACACUCUCAUCAUUUAUCACAUGGAGGGUUCAGCUACGGGGCGGGCGGCGACAGGCGGGCGGACUACGGGGCGCGGGAGCAACACGAGCUUGCUCUACACCACGCGCUGCACUCCGCGGAUGACACACAGAAUGCUGGCAUGGAUGAUACGACAGGGUUUAUGACAGAUCUUCCAUUAUUAAAAACGAUGAAAGGUCGGGACGGGCUGGGCGGCGCGGGGACGUGUGCGCCAAACGACGUGUUCUGCUCCGUUCCGGGAAGACUGUCCCUCCUGUCUUCCACCAGCAAGUACAAAGUCACGGUGGCAGAAGUGCAGAGGCGGUUAUCGCCACCGGAGUGUCUCAAUGCGUCAUUAUUAGGAGGCGUACUAAGGAGAGCGAAAAGUAAAAAUGGCGGUAGGCUGUUACGGGAGAAGUUAGAAAAAAUCGGUCUCAACCUGCCAGCGGGGAGACGGAAAGCUGCCAACGUAACCUUACUUACCUCGUUAGUAGAAGCGGAAGCAGUACACUUAGCCCGGGACUUCGGCUAUGUGUGUGAAACGGAGUUCCCGGCGCGGGCGCUGGCGGAGUACCUCGCGCGACAGUACGCCGAGCACGACGCCAGGCGGCGCCGGGACCUGCUGCAGGCUACUAAACAGGUGGUAAAGGAGGUGAUGGACCUGUUGAACCAGGACCGGUCGCCGCUGUGCAACACGCGGCCGCCUCACCUGCUGGAGCCGGCCAUCCAGCGACACCUCACGCACUUCUCCCUCAUCUCGCACGGCUUCGGCGGGCCUGCCAUCGUCGCUGCGCUCACCGCCAUCCAGAAUUUCCUCAACGAGUCAUUAAAGCAUUUAGACAAAUUGUACCCACAAAGUGGGAUGGUGUCGUCGUCGAUGGACAAAACGAAAAUGGACCCCGACAUCAAGAAGUAACAAAUGCACUACCUCGGCGUCGUCCGGCGCAGGACUGCGCGUACGCUAUCAAAAAUAAUAAAUUAGAAAUGUACAUUGUACAGGCAUAACACAUCACUGCGUAGGUUCCUGCGGUAGUAGAGCGGUGCGAGAGGGUUGUGAUGACGUUACGUGAGAGCUCGCUGAUAUAGUGCACAGCAAACAACUUCAGCAUUGACGCGAUUGGCUGGUGAAUACACGUGAUUGGUUGAUCAGAUAGUGCGAGUGCACGUGAUUGGUUGAUGCGUCGAUUUCGCUUCCCAGAUUCGCCAAUUUUCUCCAACUAUGCUGCUUCAGAUCCAAGUUGUUUGCCGGGCAAUAUACUUCAACUUGUGACAUCUAUCACCCCUCCCGCAUCGCUCCACUACCGCAGGGGCCUACUCAGUUAUGCGCUACACCUUUAACUUGCAUUUUUUAUAAUGGCACUAUUUUCUAAGUCUUUUGUUUUCUCAAAUUCUUAGUUUUCAUUUCGUUCUGGUCCAAAAAAUCGGUUUUCAAAAUUUUAUUUUAUGACCUUCACGUGGUUUAUGGCAAAACUAGUUAGUUUUCGUGUUAUCGCCAAAAAACGUGAAAAUUUUAAAAACUGAUAUUUCUGAAAAAUAAUGUGACAAGAUGUCGUUUCCAUGAAACGCCGCAUCUAUUGGAACAUUUGUAUCGCUGACCGUAAAUAUGCAAAUGGAGAUAGGUAGGUAAAUAUUAUUUUUCCUGUUAAACAAAGUCCCAAAACUGUUAAAGUGCAAUUAUGAAAUACUCAAGAUUGUGAGAAUUUUGUAAAUAUAGGUCAAAUAGGUGAUUAUUUAUUAAGAAAAUACUACAGUGUGUGAUUGUAGUACUUUUUAUAUUUAAUGAAAUCAAUAGUUUCGAUUGCGUUUCAACAUAAGUUUAUUAAUUUACAAACUGCAAAAAUUCAUUUAAGUACCUAAAUAUUUUUAAACCGUUGGAUUGGGCUCUCUCACAAAAAAAAAAGUAAACCUCCUUUUUUUGAAGACUGCAGACAUCUCAAGAUUCUUCUACGAGUACGGUUGGGUACGGUAGAAACAUACUUUGAACACGCAACGCUUGUUGAGUCAAAUCUAAUCGUACAUAGUGCCCGACAGGUCAAGAUGGCAAUCGGGGAAGGAGGCAGGGGGACACCCCGCGCACGUCACUAGAGUUAUCUCGCACCGGGUUAGCGCGGGGGCUGUGCGGGUAUGCGGGGCAUCCCCACCCCAAUUGCCAUGUUGACCUGUCGCGAACUAUACUACCUACCUACUAUUUUCUGUAACAAGAAUCACACUGAAACCGCCAGACGCGUGCUGCAUCGAGUUGCAAUUGAAAUCAAUAAACGCCCCUGAAGGCACGAAUAGGUUCAUUACCUACUGUAUCGUGGAUUGUGGUGUAAUAAUUUUAUUGUAAUGGAGUAUUGUAACAAAGUAUGAUCGCCUUCUGUCGCGUCUGAAUACUCCACAAUACAGCACCUAUGUAACUAAUGUGUUUGUGCCAUCAUAAUGGUGUCCAAGAAACAACCAGUCUCAUUUUUGUGCCAGGGCCCAGAACCCAGCAGAUACCUACUGAAUAAAUUUUUUCACCACCGCAAUACUGAACCACUACUGAACACAUAUCAAAUUUGUCGAAAUAUUUGUAUAUAGUUAAUAUAGAAAUUAAAAACUAGCCUUUUCACAUUCAUUCUUAACUUAGUUUUAACACGGAAACCUCUUUAGUUCGUAAUUUAUAAUUAGGAAUAGUUUUGCUAGUGAUUCAUUGUGAAAGUGUGCCAAUUAGUUUUAAAGAUUGCAUUUGUAUGUGACCGAGACUGGUAACUUGAACAGAUGUAUUUUAUAUAAAAGUAAUAAUGAAUCAGUAAUCCCAAGGGUCUAUGAGACAUACCUACAUUCUUAAUUAAUCAUUUCCGUUACUUAUUACUUUUAGUGAUUAGUAACCAUCGAUGUUAGUAACAGAAAAUUAUCCAGAUAUUUUCCAUACAAAUAUCAGUCAUCGCAUUUUGCGAUAGAUUUGACACUGACAGACAGACAACAAAGUGAUACUAUAAGGGUUCCUUUUUCCUUUUGAGGUACGGAACCCUAAAAAGAUACCAGUUAUAAACCUACGGGGCACAAUAUGUUGGGGUAGUAAAUCAUGCCGUUAGCAAAGCGUUAUUACACUGUAUUUCAAGCUACGAUCGAUGUAUAUUAGAGUGCUUACAGACGAGCGGCACUUCGUCGACGACAGGGGUGGCUGCUGACAUCGUCGCCGCAUCGGUGACACUCGACGACUACAACAGUUGCCUUUGACGUCGACAAAAUGCCGCUCGUCUGUAAAAAUGCUAGGGCUAGAAUGGAAACGUCGACUAACGUAUAAAUCGAAUUAAUGUGUCAGAUCAGAUAAUAUUCAACAAAUAUAAUAAAAAUGGCAUUCCACUCUACGCCACGCCACGCAUGUCGAAACAAAUUAAAUCCAAUAAGUACCACCUACCUACACACAAUAAGUUGGCCGGCUACAAAAAUUCGUCUCGAGGUACCUAGAGGCUCCUAGAGCUGCAUCUUUAUGGACGCGCCACCAUGACCGGACGGAUGUUCGCUUUCACUGAGUCAGGGUCCAUCUCUCGUUUGUUUCGGUCAGACAAGUAAGAUCGCGCAUAUUGUAUAUAUCCGGUAAUAGAUAGGUGGUGUAGAAGAAAAACACCCGACAACAACCGUCGCAACCCAACAAUGUGUGGCGUGGCGUACAGUUGGGGUGUAAAGGCUGACGUCUACCUUAGGUUCGCCGAAUCAAGCCGAUUCGCCUCAUUAGUAUGACAAGUAAUUCAUUUCGGCGCACUGCAUGCGUUGCUAAUCGGUUCUCUACUAAAUAUGAUUAGGUGGCGAAUUGCUGCAGUUCGAUCCGACCAGGUAUUUGUAUUAUCUAUGGUUUCGGAUCAGCUCCGCAAACCUAGUGUGCGCCAGCCUUACAAGUGCCCCUGGCACAACUUUAGCACAACUUUUGAUUUUAUUUUCUUACAUCCGAAUUUA